AUGAAGGAUAGCUUGAUACUGGUCGAUGCUCCGCGCCGAGAUGUUGUCAUGCUGCCUGCCAGUGGAUAUGUUGUGAUUGCUUUGAAGACUGUCAACCCCGGCCUUUUGGAGCGUGAAUCAGAUAUCGAGAUCAACGAUAGUACCUUGAAUUCUACCUUUAAGAAUUGGCAGAGCUACACUGUUGACGACGACCUUGUUCAGCACGACUCCGGUGUCUAA